CUUUCGAUAACAAAACUUAUCAGUUAUUACUUAGGUGAAUAAACAAAACUAUAAACUUUUCCCUAUAGUUUAAAAACGUUUAUGAUUAAAAGCAUUGCAAUAAAAUAGUUAUGAUAUCAAUUAAUGUUGAAAACUCUGCCUCUGAAGAUGGUAGCGUUGAAGAUUGGUCGGAUUCCGAAAUGGAGGAGGAAUCCAGCGCCGACUAUGCGGCAUUCAGUGCCAGAUACAUGGGUGAGAUAACAAACUUACUGGGUGUUCGCAGCCAAGUUAAUUGUGAAAAUGCAUUAAUAUUGAACCAGGAGAUGCAGCAACGUCUGCAAGAAGUGCGAAAACGUUUGCAGGUCUUAUUACAAGUUGUUCAACAGCGAUACCUUUCAAACGAGCAACGACUGAAAAUGAAUUUGUGCAAAAAAGAACGGGGAUUUGGAAUGCGCGGUGCCUACCUUAAAGGAGGCACUUUCUUUUUUAAAGGAAAUAUGUUUUUUAAAGACCUUAAAUGUCGGAACUGUCCAAACAAUCAAGAUUACGAAUAUCGUAAGAAUGUGGAAAACGAAAUGUUCCCAAUGGACUUUGAGUUAUGUAGCCGUCAUGUUUGGUCAUUAUUGGACAAAAAAGCUGUGGUCCAAGCAGUGAAAGAACAGGUAGUGGACUACUUAGCAGAUCACCAAAUUCGAGACAAAAGUAAUAAAUCGAAAAAACUCACAUUAGAUAUAAGAGUUCACACAGAGAAGUUGGCAAAUCUUUUAACACAAGUAGAUGAAAAAUUCCAGGUUGAUUGGGUACAAGUGUCUGCACAUAACUUAAACUAUCGACAUUCACCGAGCAGUUGUAAGACAAUGUGGCAAGUAUACUUGCAUCCAUCGCUUAAACGUAGCGCUUGGUCUGAAGAAGAAAAUAAACGACUCUUACAUGUAGCGCAAAUUCAUAAUUAUCAAAAUUGGGACAAAAUCGCCAAAUCAGUUUCGAAACGUUCUGAUUAUCAAUGCUUUAUACAAUAUCAAACGGCCGUUUGUUUUAUGGACACUCAACGUUGGGGUCGUUGGGAUAAACGUGAUGAUAUUAAGUUACUAAAAUUAAUAGAGAAAAAGUCCAUAAACGGAGUAAUCGAUUGGAAUGUAGUGGCGUCUUAUUUUCCCCACAAACCGAAAAAAUCAUUACAUCAACGUUAUAUAUAUUAUUUGGAUCCAAAGAUUAGUCAUGAACCAUUUUCCCCUGAAGAAGACCUCAUAUUGUUGGCAGCGGUUGAAGAAUAUGGAGAAAAAUUUGCAUUAUUUCCACGUACACUUUUUCCAAAUCGCUCUAUAACACAGCUUCGUAUGCGUUACAGAAAUACAUUACAAACUCGUCAUAAGCUAACACCCUGGUCUGUAGAGGAUGAUAAGAAACUUAUGGAGUUUAUAGCUGAGUAUGGUACAUCUGCUUGGCUUCGUUGUGCUGGAGCUCUUGGCAACCACAAUCGUAUUAGCUGUCGAACACGUUUCCUUACUAUAAAGAAGUUUUUUGCCAAAAAUCCAGAGGCUACACUUGAAGACAUACCCAGAAAAAAGACAUGUACAAUGAAGAAUAGCGUUAUUACAACCCAAAAUUGGGUCGAAAAAGUCGCAGAAUUGCGAGAAAAUCCCGACACUGUGCUUGUACCAACAAAUCAGAAAAUUAAGAAACUUAAAGAAAAGGUUGAUAAGUUUGAAGAAGUGCUCAAAACUAAAGACCCUCCAAAAUGCGAAGUGCAAUCGUUGAGAAAAAUUGGGAAAAAAGUACGGAAAAUAUCAUAUGUGGAACGUUUGCGUGCUGUUGAACAAAUGCUCUAUCAUUUCUUUAAAUAUUCUUAUAAUUUUAGUUUAGGUGCUGAUGUAUGUAUUAAACAACCAAAUGAAUUAUUACGUUUUGUGGCAACAUCACUCGAUUUUAAGACGGACUCUCCACAGCCAUAUAUUGCGAACAGUUCGCUAUUACCGCAUAUUGAACGCCGUUGCGCAUUUUAUCUAUAUCCGAAAAACCAAAUUGCAAACGAAUCUGUAUGUGAGCCCUUCAACUAUACAUUUCCACCAAGUUGGUCGACAGCAAUGGCCUUCCGAGCACUAUGCGUGCAAUCGGCUCAGGUGCAAUUAGAGGGAUGUAAAUCUGUAGAUAACAGCUAUGACCGCAAACCAAGUGAAAAUGAGAAAAAUAUAGCGAUACAGAAAUUUCGUAAACGCAUGCGUGCAUUACUCUAUCAAACAGCCCUAUUAAGUCGUUUACAACCAACUCGAUUUACCGAACUAAUGAGUAUCAGCACACCGCCUGUAACAUUAACAGAAAUAACGCCUGCAGAUUUCAGAGAUGAUACCGCCACAAGUACAAUUGCAACUUUAGCAAGUCAGCCGGCGUUGGAUUUAACUUGCGUGAAAAACGAGUGUUCAUCUGAAUUUUUGGGUAAUCCGGAACACUUUUCGGAGGUAUUGUACAAACGUACUUCACUGGAUGAGGUUUCGAAAAGUGAGAAAAAACCACGACGAACGUCGAAACCGGUUGGUCGAAAAAGAAAGUUACAAACAACACCAUCUGAAACCACAACAGCAGUAAUGGCUGUGGCCGAGAAAACUAUGUUGUUAGACGUUGAAUUUUCAGAGAGUGGUAAUGCGUUUGCUUCUAAAGCAGCAAAUAUACAACCAGCUCUUUAUGAUAUUAAACAAGAGCAUCAAACUUGUGCUGCAGCGGCAUCUAACCAAGGUUUAAACUCGUGCAUUAUGACACGAAAUGGCAAAUUUUCAGAAAGACCGUCUUCAGAGCCGGCGGGGAAACGAAUUCUAAUUGAUGCAAAACGUGAUAAAUCAGAUUUCGUUGAGCCUAAUAUCAAAACUGAGCUGGAGCUAUAGCAAUACAUAAAUCACUAAGGACAAGGCGCAUUUUCGGGUUUUGAACAGAAUAUUUGACUGAAGAAACUAUGUUUUGAUGAAAUUUAAGAUAUAUUCACAGAUUAAUAUAAUAUUUUGCGUCUGUAUAAGUUCUCAUAUAAAAAUAAUGUAAUAUUUUAUAAAAGUCAUUAAAAUUGGCGCUUGGAUUGAGAUGUUUAAGUUUACGAAUUGCUUUAUAUUUAAAAUUCUGCUAAAGAUUCAAGAAGUUGUGUUUUGCAUACAACAAAUAUAAAAAUUGAGAAGAUGACUGUGUGUGUUAUUUCUGAUAGUAUCGAAAUUAUUUUUUGUUCUUAAUUAAAGACUAAGCUAUUUGUAUGGCUAACAAGGCCUCUCAUACUACAAACUUUCUUAACAACCGAUGGUAAUUUUUAUUGGCUCAUCUAAUUUUAGCAUCGAAGGUGUUCCAAAAAAUAGCACAAUAAGUAAUAAAUAAUAAACGGUUUUAAACUUAUUUGGGUCAUCUUCAAAUUACGAUCAUAUACAAGUUCUUAAAAAUAUAGAAACAAUCAACCACUGAUAAAUCAGAACGGACAUGUACAAGUACAUAUCUAUUUGUAAAAUACUAAAAUUCCUACAUUAAAAGUAAUCGAACAAUUAGUUAUAUAUAGUUUAUACUUUAUUUAACUUUGUUAUAUGUUAAUAAUUGUUAAAUAUACACAUACCAUUCAUUUUGAAUUUACAACUCUUAACGAUGUGGGUUGCUUAAUAUCAAUUAAGUUCUUUCCUUUCCAUUUUUUCACUUUUAUACAAUACUUUUACACUUCUUUUGUUUAAUAGUAAUAUUAUUAUGACGCUUCACCAAGAAGACAAACAAAAAAAAAAAUAAAAAUAAACAUAAAUUAAUAAAGUAGGAUAGUACCUAUUUUAUAUUGUAUACUGCAGUAUAUGUAUGUACGUAUGUCUGAGUAAAUGUAUAUUCGUACAAAAAAACUUGUGACGAGUUGUUUAGUGAAGUAGACGUUCAGGUGUUAGUUUGUAUUUUAAAACUCGUAACAUUUAAUCGAAUAUACAUUUGUAAAAUUUAAAUAUUUUAACUGACUAAUAUUUAAUAAAUUACUAAGACAAAUUAAUACAAGAUUUUCGCUCGAUUUCCACCGAACAAACAUAUAUGUAAUGGGCUCUUUUAGCUCUUUUAAAUUUAUUAUGUGCUAAUUUAUUGUGCUAAUACAAAUGCCUAUGCAAUUAAAUUUCGACAUUCUUUAGCCAAUCCCAUAUCCAUGAGUCUGUUUAAAUAAAUUAUAUUUUCCAAUAUAUGUAUGUAUGUAUG